UUAAUCCUGAUCGGAGCAGGAAGCUCCUCAGACGUGUUUCUGCGACCUCCAGCAGCAGCGGUCUGGUCUGGUCCGGUCCGGUCCGGUCCGGUCCGGUUCCUGGUUCCUGCUCCAUGGACUCUCACAUCAAAACAGGGAAAGUUUACCUGAAGCCGCACAAACCCCACAAAAAAUGGAAACCGGUCAUGCUGUCCCUGUUCGCGCCCAGCAGCAGCAGCGUGGGCCGCCUGGAGAUCGGGGACGGCGCAGGGGGCGCUGACCUGCGGAGGCCGCACCAGCUUCACGGGGAGAAGAAGGUGAAGGUGGUGCGCCUGUCGGAGCUGAUCUCCGUCCUGAGGCUUCCUCCCAACGCCGAGGCCUGCCACCUGGACAACAUGUCGAUGUUUUGUGUGGAGACUGAAGACAGGACCCUGGUGUUCGCCGCUCCCAAAGACGACUGCCUGGAGUGGGUGGACAAGCUGUGUCACAGCAGCUUCCAGAGGGACAAAAGUUCUGGAUCCAUUCAGGUCCACAUGGAGGAGAACCAGAUUUAUGCCUCAGCAGACGAAGCUCCUCAGUUCUGGGUGGUGGCUCAGAAGAACGACGCAGCGACGCGACGCGGCCUGCAGGGGUCGUACUGGCUGCAGUUGGAACAACAGUCGCUGCUGCUGAGAGACACAAAGAAGAAGACGAAGGUGAUGGAGUGGCCCUACGAACUACUGAGGCGAUACGGCCAUGAUAAGGUGUCCUUCACCAUUGAAGCAGGUCGGCGCUGUGAAUCCGGUCCUGGUACCUUCAGCUUUGAGACUCAGCAGGCUGACAAGAUCUUCAACCUGAUCCAGAGCCAAGACACAGAGAAAGUGCUUGUCACCAACAUUCAACCUCAUUCUCCUCUACCCAAAGUCCCUGACCUGACCAACAUGGCUGACAUCCUGGAGAACAAGCUGAGGAUGCAGGACCGGAGAUCCCCGGUGUUUGACAAUAUGGCAAAGGGUCUGGAUGAUUCGGUUGGUCCGUCAGAAGGUUCUCCUGCUCCAAUCACCUUGAUGCCACUUCCAUCGAUUCCUACGCUGGACGGCACCUCCAGAGACAAAAUCAAGAGCCAAUCCGACGCCAUAUAUGCUGAUCCAAAUGUCUGCCGCCCGUCUAUUGUGGUACCCAAACUAGCCACCGCUCAGUACAUCGACCCGGCGAAGGUCCUUCCUCUGAAGCCACUGUUCUCACUGGACCCUGACGCUGCUCUUCCCAUCGCCUCAGACUCAAAUCCCAAGAUGAAAGCCGACGUUCCAGACUUAGUUUACUCAGAGGUUUACGACAAAAUCAGCCCAGACAAGAACAAGGAACCCGUUCUACAGAAGGCAACAAAAACGUCAGAGGAACCCAUUUACUCUGAGCCCGUCUCUAGAAAAGAGUCAGACUGCCAGCAGCCUGAACCCAAACCCGACCCGUUCGCACACCUCUAUGCUCAAGUCUGCAAAGCUCCAACGUCAAGUAGGACCUCAGCGCCUGUCACCACGACAACAACGUCCUCAACCACGACGGGUUCUUCGACGUCCAGAGAGGAACCUCUGGACGAUGUCAUCUAUGAGAACCUGGGCAUCAUUUAAAUCACCAACAUGAAACUCAUUACACUUACUGUUGUCUUGGCUUCAAGUAAAUAAACCAGAUUUAUUCUGC